CUGAAUCAACACUGUCUCGCCAGUUAGUGAAAUGGCUGAGCUGUCGUCUGAGUCCACCUUCAACAAGGUUACCUCCCCUAUAUAUGGCCUCGAUCGCUUGCUCUCCCUUCUGACGCCCCUCAAGAAAAUAAAAGGCAUCCGCAGCAGAGAUUUUCGAACGAAAGGCGCAAUGGAGAAUGAGAAAAUGUCGGCCUCUACACGUUUCAAGCCUAACGAAGGCGAUUGGAUAUGUCCUGAUACGAAGUGUGGCAAUGUCAACUUCGCAAGGAGGGCACAAUGCAAUAAAUGCGGAAAAGAUCGUAAAGAUGGCACAGUGUUUAAAAAAGGUGGAACAGAAAUUGGCAAGGCAAUGGCUGAAAAAAGUAAAGGUCUCUUCAGUGCUGAUGACUGGCAGUGCAAGAGCUGUGGCAAUGUAAACUGGGCUCGAAGGAUGAGUUGCAAUAUGUGUAAUGCGCCUAAGUAUGGACGGAUUGAACAACGCACUGGAUUUGGAGGUGGUUAUAUGGAGCGGGAUGAAGUGGUUGAAUACAUCAAGAGGGAUGAUUCAGAUGAUGAAUAUGAUGAGUUUGGGAGAAAGAAAAAGACUAAACGUAACCUGCCAGCCCAUGAAACACAAGGUGAAGCAGCACAAGGAGAAGAGGUAGAAGAAGAUGAGGAUGAAGAAGAUGGUGACAUUUCUAAAUACAAACUGGACUCAGAUGAGGAAGACGAAGUAGAAGACCUGUCAAAGUAUGAUUUAGUAGGUAGCGAUGAUGACAACAGCAAAGAGAAGCAAGAAAGUGCAAAAGCAGCAGACGAGAAAGACUCACGGUCAAGGUCAAGGUCAUCAUCUGGGUCUUCACGAUCCAGUUCUUCAUCUUCUUCCUCAGGAUCUAGUGAAGGAUCAAGGUCACAUUCAGGCUCAAGAUCGUCUUCAGGAGAUAGCAGAAGCAAGAAGCGAUCAAAAUCUAGGUCCAGGUCUUCAUCAAAAGGACGUCAAUCAGGUGGAAAGAAGCGCCAUCACAGCCGUUCUUCUUCCUCUGACAGUCAUUCACGAUCCAGUUCACACUCACGAUCCCAUGUCAAAGGGACAGGCGACAAGCGGUCGAGGUUUGACUCAGACCUAGUGACCUAGCACUCUUGACUCUGUUUUAUUUCCAGGGAUAACAAGAAAAUGUUUAGAAUAAUCUGAAGGACAGAAAAAAGUGAAAGAUAAAAUAUAAAUAAAACAACUUAUAAAAGACAUUAUCCUGCUUGGCAGUGAGCUCUAUAUACUUAACAAAUAGCAGCAGAGGAAACAAAUACAUCAGGGGGGUGGGGAAUGAGACAAGGUCCACCAGCUGCUGGACAGAAUCUACAUUAUUUUUAAGUUACAUCUAGUGACGGAAAUCUAGCACCUGAAAGUUAAAGUGGUGAAAUUCAGCGUGAGCCUUUCAUAAAUACUCAUAAACUUUAUGCAAAAAUGACAUGGAGACAUUGAAUUGGAUGGCAAAUGGCAAUAUGCUGAAAGCUUUUCUCUUCAUAUGUACUCUUGAUUGUACAGACAUUUCUUACGGUUACAUCAAGCAUUUUUUGUAAACCAACAUGUCAUGUCCUUCCUCCCCAUACACUAAGAGAGUUGGCUACAAGAUAUCAAUAUGUGUGCUGAUUCUUCUUUUUCAAAACUUGCGCUCAUGUAUAGAAGCAAAUUACAGGAUUUCCUUCCCCCCCUUUUUUUUUUGCGGGGGUGGUUCUAGGCAGCAAGAAAGAAAUCAGUGUAUCUGUAGGCUAACUUCUGUAACUCCAGAAGAUGGUAAGAAUUAUAUGAUGACUGAUUCCAGCAAAAACUGAAAGUCUCUAUUCACAUGUAAAUCUUAUCUCUCGUGGAUCUUACACAUUUCUGUGCUUACUUUGCUUGAAAAGCAGAAUAAAGCACAAAAACAUUCGGAACACCUGAAUUCCUUUAUAAAGGAUGUCCAAACCUAAAAGAUAGUCUUGCCAGAUUUUACUUUGUUUUGUGGUCAGUCAUCUUGAAGUUAAAUUUUUUUAUAUUUUUUUAGUAGAAGACAAAGAUUAAUGGAUAUGUGAUGCUCACUAGAAAAAUCCAAGCCUCACUCAUCCUCUGAAGACCACCUCUCAUGCAGGUUUUUUUAAAGCACUUUACUGGCAGUGUGCUUGCAUGCAGUAUUGAAGGAAUGGUGUAAUAUAAGGAUCUGUUUUCUGUAAUAUGUUAUUAAGUGUAUUCUAUUUUGUUUUGUGGGUUCAACAGAUGGGUAAAUCUUAACUGAUUUUGUUACUUUUUUCUGGCAGGUACUGAUGCUGUCUGUGGAAUUGCUGUCUUUUUUUGUCCCCCAACUUGAAGUGUGGGCUUCCACACUUGUUGAUUCAUCACCUGAGCAUGCAGAAAAAAGAAUAUUGUGGCAUGCCUGGAUGUGCUAAAGACAAGCCAGUGUAUUUGGGCAUGCAUGCUCUCUUUCACAAAUAUGCAGACACAUACACAAAAAACAAGCAAGGAAGCAUCAAAUACUAGAAUAUUUCACAAUGUUUCAUGUGAAUACAAGAUAGCAAAGUUAGGCUAAAGUUAAGGAGACAGUAGAUAUGAAAGUGCUUUAAUAUCUUAUAAUUUUGGGGAUGAACUAAAUUUUCAGAAUUUUGACAAGUGGUCUAAUUAGGUUAGGUUUGUAGUUUAAUGGAAAGAUCUCCAUUUUAAAAGACUUACUCUUUGCAUAUUAGCACUGGAAUUUUGUUUGGGUUAUUUUUCGACUACUUUCAUUGUUAAGUCUUUUUCGUCUUUGUGCAAUCUAACAACUACCAAGAAAAGAUUAAGUUGCUCAUAGGCUAGAAGAAACUUUUAUUCACACUUCUUUCAUUUCCACGGUUGAUCAGCAUGUUUUAGCAACAAUAACAAAAAAAAUGCCUUUUUGGCUUUCAUAGACUUUACUACGGCUUGCUUAAUGCAUAGGAAACUGUAAACCCAUGCUAACAUUGUUAUUCGUUAAGAACCAUUUUGAUUUUUAACAUUGUGAUGUGUAUGUCGGUUUCUAGCCAUCUUCUGGUGCAGAUGCCUAGUACACAUGCUUUGGGAACAGUAAUCAACACAUCUCGACCAUCUUAAACACUAAGCCAGUAAUGGUCUUAGAAAAUUCUGUUAUCAGGGUACAGUCCCUCUCAAAUCAGAUGUGUUCCUGUCAUCAUCCCUAGGACAUUCCUGAAGCAGUCAACUGUUCUCUAGUUGUCUCAUAAUAAUUAAGUGCACUUUUAAGAAACACUUCUCUGCUCAUGACCAUGGUCUCGGUGUGCUGUACAAAGACUUCUUCCUACUGUUCAUGUUAUCUGCUCACUCCAUACUUUUGCAACCUAUGCUUCUUGGUUUCACACUUUUUCUCUCUAUAUAUGUACCUCAUGCAUAUGAUGCUGUUCUAGCAGGUGAGUAUCUUCUCCAGCUGCUGCAUAGUUCUUUGUUGCAGUCUUGGGGGUUCCUCUGUUCUAUUUUCACAAUGUCGAUCUUGCUGAAAUUUGUUUUGCACUCUCAUCUUAAUAGUUCUUGGCCAGUUAAGUAGGAAGGAUGGUAAAUAGUAAUUGCUGUUAGAUUAUGAGAUAAACUGAAAAUUCCUGAAAAGUUGGAGAGUUCUUGAAAAAGCACUAUAAAAAAACUUUUGUUGGUGGUGAGGGGUAGGAGUGGUGUGGAAGAGUUGAAUGAAAUGGAGUAACAUGCCUAUGAAAAUGCUGGAAGUUGGGGUCAUGUUCAAGGUACCUAAUUAGGAUUAUAGUUUUUUGUGGACAUUCCUUCAUUGUAAGGUAGACAGUUGUGCUUUUAGGAUAUGCAAGAAUUGUUUAGCUUUCUUCUUAUAAAAAAAAUCUUUUCGGUUAAGAAAUUUUGCCAAUAAAACAUGAUCUAGAAA